AUGGAGGCCCUACUCUCUCUCGCAUUCGACAACAUAGCGUCCAAGGACACGCAGAAGAUUCGCAAAGGGUUACGCCAGAUCGAGGGCAUGCUGGCGCAGAUAUGUCUCUCCAGUGGAAAGCCAAGAAACUCACCACCAGGCCACCGUCGGAACGCCUCAGCACUCAAUCUGGGCGAUCAACAACAACCAACGCCGAAGAAGCUGGGACAGUUAUCAGACGAUCUCGCCUUCAGGGAGUUCUUCAGAUUACAGGAGGGCUUUGAAUGGAAUGUUGUCACACGGGUAGCCGAUUGUUUGGAUCGAUUGCUGGGUAUGGGAAGCAGUAAGGAUGGCCAAAACGACAUCCUCAUCCUCUCCUCGUUAUCCAACAUACAGGGUCUUCUGUUGUUGCACCCACCAUCACGCAUCAUCUUCGGUCGCGAAGUAUACAUGAACCUCCUCCUCGACUUGCUCGAUCCUUACAACUGCCCCGCCAUCCAAUCGCAAGCCCUCCUCGUCCUCGUCACAGCCCUUCUCGCAACACCACAAAACACCCGAGUGUUUGAACACAUGGACGGCCUCCUCACCGUCACAAGCCUCUUCAAGGACGAAGAGACUACACAAAACGUCAAGGUCAAACUGUUAGAGUUUCUGUACUUCUACCUCAUGCCUGAGAUUCCAGUUUCUGGCCCGCAGCGGAGCCCGAGCAAGCUGACCAAUGCUUUCGAGCGGCGGGGAAGCACCGACGAUAGUGGAGGUGCGACGAAGAAACAUAUCCGAUCGCAAGAAGAGAAGCAACAUAUGCUGGGGAGAUACCUCAGUAACGUAGACGCUCUUGUCGAGGACCUCCAAGAGAGCGCGCCUUUCAACAGCGUCGCCUGCUGA